AUGGAGAAUGAAACUUUCAACAUGGAUAUAAUAUCCAUUGAAGGGUUAAAGGUCAGCCCCCAGUCCUCUGUCCCCGUCUUCGUCCUCCUCCUCCUCAUCUACGUCUUCAUCAUGGUGUCCAACCUCGGCCUGGUGGUCCUGAUCUUCAUGGAGAGGAGCCUCCAGCAGCCCAUGUACCUGCUCUUCUGCAAUAUGAGCAUUAACGAUGCGUUCGGAGCGACGACCAUCAUCCCUCGCUUACUGAGCGACAUUUUGGUUCCCAUGACGCAGCGCUACGUUUACUACAUUGACUGCGUCGUUCAGGCGUUCUGCGCCCACUUUAUCGCCGGCACCUCUCACACGGUCCUCAUGAUCAUGGCCUUCGACCGCUACGUGGCCAUCUGCAACCCCCUGCGGUACGCCACCAUCAUAACUACCAGGAUGCUGGUGAAGCUGUCGGUGGGCGCAUGGGUGGCACCCCUCGUCAUUGUCGCCGUCCUCAUGGGUCUCACCAUCCGCCUGUCGCGCUGCAGGCGUGCUAUAUUUAACCCUUUCUGCGACAACGCCUCCUUGUUCAAGCUGUCCUGUGAAAAUCUCCUCAUUAACCACAUCUACGGCCUUGGCGUCGCCGUGGUCAUCCUGGGCUCCUCCCUCGCCAGCCUCACGCUCACCUACCUGAGGAUCGCCGCGCUGCUUUUUAACAACAAGAACCAGGUGCUGAACAGCCGGGCGCUGCAGACCUGCGCCACCCACCUGGCUGUGUACAUCAUCAUGUUGGUGGCGUGCUUCAUGCCCUUGAUCUUUCACCGCCGGAUUGAGUGGGCGGAAAACGGGAAAGUGGCGUCCGUCCUAUUCUACGUCAUCCCCCCGGCCCUGAACCCCGUCAUCUAUGGGCUGCAGUGUAAUGAGCUCCGACAGAAGAUCAUCAGCGUGUUUCACAAGAACAAAACCACCGAAGUUCAAAAAGGUUUCCAUAAAUAA